UAGAAAAAAAAUCUGGUUGCCAUGAAUUCGGGUUAGCUAGCCACCGACAGCUGUCAGCUCACACGUGUAAAAACAUCCAUGUCAAGACCCAAGAAGGAUCUUCUGAGUGUUGCGCUGCUUCUGUUGACACAAGAAGCAACACCAGCCUGCCGGCCCACCUCCUGUGAAUCGAUCCAACUGGCUCAGUGACUCCACCUGAAGACUUUGGCACCAUUGUGUGCCAGCUCAUUCCAAGACCCGGGGAUUUCUGAAUCCAGAAGAUGAACGGAUUGUCCAUACGAGAGCUAUGCUGCCUGUUCUGCUGCCCCCCUUGCCCCAGUCGCAUUGCAGCCAAACUGGCUUUCCUCCCUCCAGAGCCCACCUAUGCCCUUCUCCCUGACCCAGAUCCAGUUUCUGGGACUGGAACUGCGUCUGGGUCCAGCUCAGGAGCUGCUCUGCCAUCUCUUGGAGCCCCAGGACUGCGUUCACGGCUGGGCACUAGUAGUGGAGCUGACAGAGGAGGUGGAGGUGGAGGUGGUGGUGGUGGAGGAGGAGGAGGUGGUGGUGGUGGUAGCGCCGCCGCCGGCAGCGGCACUGGAGGUGGAGGUAGUGGGGUCGAAGGCAGGUGGAAGUUGCAUCUCACUGAGCGAGCCGAGUUCCAGUAUACGCAGAGAGAGCUGGAUGUGACGGAUGUGUUUCUGACCAGGUCCAGUCGAGGGAACAGGGUUGGAUGCAUGUACAUUCGCUGUGCCCCCAACGCCAGGUUUACAGUGCUGUUUUCCCAUGGUAACGCAGUAGACCUGGGGCAGAUGAGCAGCUUCUAUAUUGGCUUAGGCACACGCAUCAACUGCAACAUCUUCUCCUAUGAUUACUCAGGCUACGGUGUUAGCACUGGCAAGCCGUCUGAAAAGAACCUCUAUGCUGAUAUUGAUGCCGCCUGGCAUGCCCUCCGCUCCCGGUAUGGCAUCAGCCCUGAGAACAUAAUCCUGUACGGACAGAGUAUAGGUACAGUGCCCACGGUGGACUUGGCAUCACGCUUCGAGUGUGCUGCUGUGGUCCUCCACUCUCCUCUCACGUCUGGUAUGAGAGUGGCUUUCCCCGACACUAAGAAAACAUACUGCUUCGAUGCUUUCCCUAACAUUGAGAAAGUGUCAAAGAUCCCGUCUCCAGUGCUCAUCAUCCACGGUACAGAGGACGAGGUCAUCGACUUCUCUCAUGGCCUCGCCCUGUUCGAGCGUUGUCCCAAGGCAGUGGAGCCCCUCUGGGUGGAGGGAGCCGGUCACAACGACAUUGAGCUUUACAGUCAGUACCUGGAGAGGCUACGGCGCUUCAUCAACCAGGACCUCGCUGCACAGCAUGCCUGAGAAAUGAACAACAGCCUCUCUGCGUUUGUGUGAAUGAAACUUUGUGUGAGAGUGAGAAAGAGGAUGUCAUCAUGUAGACCUAAAAAGGAUGUGUGAUUUUUGCCACAUCUGUGUGUCUUUGAAGCAGCACACCUUAAGGUUAUAUUUCAACAAAACCUAUCUUCUGUUUCCUGUUUUAAAGGUGAGGGCGUUUUUUUUAAUUUUAUCUAUCAUUAGCUGUAUCUAUCUGAACAGUGGAGUGUCGAGAACAUGCUUAAAACAAGAACUCAGAUGAAACAGUUUUUUAACAUGGGGUGGGGGGAAUAACUGAUUGCAGCUUUAAAAUGUGUUUACUCUUGAAUUAAGAAGGAAGAACUAUGUGCUUUGUCCAAAAAGGCUCACAGAUGUCAUGUUUAAGUGUGACAUGUUAGUGAAUGUAUGAAUCCUGAGACGCACGUGUUGAGUGUUUAUUCAUAUCUCCAUGGACCUGUGACACCUGAAAAAUGCGAGUGUGACUGCGUUAGCGUGGGGCAGUGCUUAAAGAAGUGGACAUCCUGAAAACUUGGACAGCUCCAGGUGGAGGAGACUUAUCAAUAUUAUGUGUUCUAUUUCUUUUUUUUGCAAAUGUAAGAAUGAAGAAUACCUCCACAGCUCGACUAGUUCUCUCUCCAUAGGACAAACUCGGGUCGAGCAUGUGCCCCCGCCCCUUCCUCUUCUGUUAAUGGACAUUCAUGUGACUGCCAGGGCAUUUCCCAAGUUGCUAUCCAGCUAGCACUAACCCCCUCUUUUUGUGUGGUUUGAGGGUCCACCUUCUUUCCCCUUGGUGUCGGUCAUGAAGAUUGCAGAACGGCCAGCCUCCAUUUCAUUUCCUGGCUGUUCUGUAGUUAUAGUUCCUGUCCACAGAACUGAAGCGGCAACUUGAAGUGAAUAUUUUUGAUUUCCCUGUGUUGCUUUUUUUUUUUUUUUUACCCAUUUCCAGCUUAUUCUGAAUAAGAAAUGAUGGUGUGGUUGAAAUGGAGACUGAUCGGUGAAGAUAUCUACGGUCCUGUGGAUGUUUCUCAGCCUUCAGGGAAACAUCUAUAGAAGUGAAGGUUUACUCAGUAAUUUUCAUGUCACAUUAGAUCAGUUUGCUCUAAACAGAAAGCAGAAGCCUUUCAGUGUUUACUAAUGUGUGACGUUUGAAGCCUGGGCAGUUUAGCUGACUUACUAACAGCAGGAGUGAGUCACAUUUAAAGGUGAAUGUUGACAUUAAGGGAAGUUCACUUAUUGGCUGUUUUGUUAAGAGUUAGAUGAGAAGAUUUAUACGACCGUGCACAUAACCUGCCAUGAAACCACAGAGGUGCUGGUGUUUGUUACCUUUGGACACAACCAGGCUUUUGUUUCCCCUUGUUGGUUGUCUUAAUGCUAAGCUAACCUAACUGUCGGCAAGCUGUAAUUUCAUAUUAACUGUUAGAGAUGUUCCAAUACCAGUUUUCUCUCCCUGGUACCGAUUCGGAUACCUGGACUUUGCAUAUCGGCCGAUACUUAGUCCCAAUCAGAUACCAUCUGAUAUUAAAAGAAAUGACUCGUUUAACAUAUUUUAACAGCUGUAUGCUACUAACUGUAUAGAAGGGAUGAUUGCUAGCAUUGUUGAAUGGCCUAUUGCUACAGUUGUAAUUGGCAACAUUGGUGCCACCCAUUGCAAACGGUACAUACUGCCAUUUGUACUUGCUUUUAGAGGGAAAUCACUUCUUCUCCGCUCUAAAAACAGCACUUGUCAGUGACGGUACAGAGCAACUGCUGUUUUGGAGCGGUAAAGAAGAAGUGAUUUCCAGGAAUCAUUGAUCAGAUACAUAGAUUUGUGUACUUGCAGAUACCUGACCCGGCAGUAUCAGAGGCAUUUCCGAUUCUGAUACCGGAACAUCUCUAUUUACUUUACUAAGUUUUAUCUAUCUUCUCAUCUCACCCUCUACAGUACAUGUGCAUAUUUUCGAAAUGUUGAACUAUUCCUUUUCUGUUUGAAGUGUAGUUGUCAGGGACGUCUGUGAGAAUCAUUUGACUUGUUUUGAGCUUGAUGUCCCGGCUGGAUUUGUAGGCUUUUAAGGUAUAACGAGAGUAGGUCGCUGCUCACUUCAGAAAAAUAAUACUUCAUCCAUAUCACACUGAUUAACUCGCAGUCUUACAGCACACUUUGUUUUCCCGAGUCUCGUUCCAGUAGCAUUCAUCACCAGAGUUCGACAGCCUCCUGUUCACAUUCGCCCCCUGAGCACAUUUUCUUCUAACGUGUUUGUCUUGAUGUAAUUAAUCCCAACGUGUUUGUCGUAGUGUAGGGCCAUGGACUGUCAUGUCUCAGAACCAUGCUUGUUGAUGUUAUGACUAACAAUGUGAUUUGGAUCGGGUGCCAGGAUGGGACAUCAUGCCUACUACAGCUCUGUUUUAACCUCUGUGGCCCUAAAUAUAAGAGCUCUCUUAUGGAUGGCAGCAGGCUUCAAGUCUGACAAGCCAUAUUUGAGCCUCUCACUGUUGGUGUGGUGCAGGUUCCACCACACACACACACACACACACACACACACACACACA